GUUAGUACCGGGGGUUCAGGAGAAGUCCAACUGACCACUAAGAGCCUCCGAGAGGGAGCUCUACGGGAGGUUGAAGUGAUCCAACCAAGGCAGAGAUGAUGGAGAGGCAGGAGAGCCAGUCCCCUCCCACAACCCUGGAAGGGGGAAAGACGACCCCCCAGGUGGAGGUCAUCAGUGAGAUGACCCUGGCAGACGUGGCGCCCACGGAGGAGGCCGUGGAGAGAGCUGCCGCCCUGCCGGAGGAUGAGGGGGACGAUGAGGUGUUCUACGAGGACGAGGAUGGGGGAGGAGGGCCCCCUGGACCCCCCUGCUCUUUAGAGGAGUCUCAGCCCCCCCAGUAUGCUGACACAGCGUUGGAGCUGGAGCGUCCAGACAUCCACACCUGGGCAGACCAUCCCGGCAGACGUGAUACUACAGGAUCUGCAGCAGCCAUGCUGGCUUCAGAGGAGCGUGGGCCAGGGGCCCUGGGAUGGUCCCUGGCAGAGCUCCAAACACAACCAGGGCCAGGGGAGUGGCGAGCACCAGGGAACCAGGAAGAUGAUAUGACAUCAGCCCGGCAAAAUCCUGCAGAGGAGGAAUCUGAGGAGCUGGAGGUAUUGGAGGACCAGACCGAGGACAACCAGCAGAACACAAGCUCCCAGGAUUCCCUGUCCUCCAUGAGCACUCAGUCACUGGGGAGGAAGUAUGGCCAGAAGAACUCCUUCAACCAUCACACCCACUCCAGAUACAACACAGUCUCCUACCGCAAGAUCAGAAGAGGCAACACACAGAAGAAGAUCAACGAGUUUGAGUCCAUGAUGAUGAACAUUUGACCCCAGUCAGACGAAAGGUGCAGAGUCUCUGCUCACUCUCCUGCUGCAGGGGUCGCAACCUGGACUGGAGGGACUGUGUUUAUGCUCAAGACCCACCGUAACCAACACCGGUGGCAGACACUGUGCUGUUUUAACUGUACUGAUGAGAUGUUCUGCUCGUACCGAAGCCAAAGUAAGAAUGUUAAGAAUCCUAAAUGUCACAUUGAGCAGGUGGAUUUGUCACUGCCAUAGAUUCUUGUACGUAUUGCAAUAGCUUAAUAGAUGGAAAAUAAUUACAAAUAACAGGUUGUAUUAUAGCUAGUAAUCUAUUCACAGUGUAGUGCUGUAUUUGUUAAAUUUGCUGGAAGCAUUUGAUUAUGCAAGGCAGGUAUUUUAUCAGCAGAUUAACUUUAAGAGGCUUGAGGGCCUGUAAUCCGACAAGCGAACAUUAUGACUAAGAUGUUGGCUGUUACCUGCCUAAGAGCUCUUGUAUAGAAUCUUGUGUGAAUGCACUGCAAGCAUGAAUCAUUACGAUAAGUCUUCCAUAAAAACCCUUUCGUGAUGUAUUGUACAGUCAAGCAAAUCAACAUGUGACAAUUUAUAAAUGACACCUUUAUGUGAUUAUCCAGAGACUACUCACAUGUCUAAUGAAACAAUAAAGUGAAGAAAAAUGCUUCAUCACAUAUUUGUAACAUUUACCAACAACUGUUUCAUAUUUUCAAAAAAAAAUGAAAGCCAGAGAGACUUGGGCUCACAGUAUUUAUAACAGCUUGUAGCUUUAGCUCUGUCUAGUGUCGAUAAGAAGAACUGCACACAAACACCUGCAGCCAAACUUUCAGAAACGAGCAGCAAUUCUCCAUGACUCACACUAAGGCACAAAAAGUCACCUGGCUUCAAAUGAGGCUAAAUAUUUUCCUUAAAGACAUCUAUGAUAUGUAUGUGAUGUUGGAAUAAGCUACACAGGUUAAUAAACAAUUUCAUGCAUUACAUUCCAAAAUAUACAUAAUGUUUCUUCAUAACAAUGAAAACACAAUAUUAUGACAUUAUUUACAGUAAACUGAGAGCAUUCAAUUGCAUUCACUUAAACUCUAACAUAGUGUUUCAUUAUU